AUGUUAGGUAUUGGAUAUGCUGGUGUUCCGCUCUAUCGGAUGUAUUGUUCUCAAACGGGAUCGGGCACGAAUUCCGAUUUGGCAAGGGCCAAGUCGGUGCUAAUUCGGAAUAUGAUUCCGGUAAAGGACCGGAAGAUCACAGUCUACUUUUCGGCCGACACUCAUUCGACACUGAAGUGGAACUUCAAACCCCUUCAAAAUGAACUCACCGUUGUCCCAGGUGAAACCGCUUUGGCCUUCUACACCGCGGAAAACGCCACAGAGGUACCUGUUACGGGUAUUGCCACGUAUAGUGUACUCCCACCUGAAGCUGCCAAGUAUUUCAACAAGAUUCAGUGCUUUUGUUUCGAAGAACAGCGACUUAACCCGCACGAAAAGGUCGAUAUGCCGGUCUUUUUCUUUUUGGACCCGGAAUAUGCUGAAGAUCCGACAUUGAUGCGAACUAGUUAUGUGAUUUUACACUACACAUUUUUCGAAGCUAAAAAAUCAAAAAUGACCAUCCCCGGAAUUACCAGUCCUAUCCCGUCGGUCCCAUCUACCACUGCCUAG